ACUACUCAGAACACUAUCUUCGAGCUAUGAGUAAAACUAUAAUACCCAGCAUUCCAUUGCCACCUACCGGAAAAGGAAAACGCAUGGAUGUAUGUGUUUACAAUCUUUCCUAACAAGCUUAAAUUCGCAGCUGCUGUUUCUCAUGAAACAAGUGUAGGCGAUACCGGCAAGAGAAAAUAAUGACACAUUUAUUAUUUGCUACUACUCAUUUAGUACGAUAUAACAGAAUGUGUUUGUUUCGUACUUGUAGAACAGGCGGGGCAGCCAAAUAAUCUGUCGCAUCGUCAGGCCACCCACCCACCAUAUGCAGCAGUGAUUUGUAAGAAGUGGGACACGCGAACAGAUGGCGCAUCUAGGCUGCGCGCGACAGGGACACCUACAGUGUUGAAACAGUGUUGGGUAUGAACAAGGCAGCUAGUAAAGGGGUGUUUUAUGUAGUCUACAUCUUUGCCAUUUCUGAGUGGAUUGGAUAAUAUUACAUCGCAAUAUUUCCUACUGCCGUUGCUUGAGCCUACUAUACUUUGGCGCGGGUAUUGGAAAACACGCAGUGACAGGGCCAUCGCCACCGGUAGCUAUAAUCAGAGAGGGGAAGAGGCGAAGCGAAGCCUUUGCUAUAAUCUCCUAUUUGACGCCUGUCUCAGUUGGUAAACAAUGGUUGACAACCGUUAUGCCACGGCUUUGGUUAUCAGCUGUGUGCUCAGCGUGCUGGCUACGGUGUACCUGUCUGUAGCGGUUGGGACGCAGCACUGGUACCAGUACACCAGUCCCCCGGUGCGUGGCGAGGCCAACGUAUCCGAACUGCGGUCGCUGCAUGAUGAAUUCAUGGAAGGGGAAUUCGAUGAGAAGACCUACAGCGACACGCUCUUCCGUCUCAACGGGACCAUAGGCCUCUGGUGGCGCUGCGUUCUGGUACCAUCUCAUACCCACUGGUACAAGGAGUCAGAUCCAAAGAUGGUGAUGAAGUGUGUUAGCUUCACGUUAACACAGCAGUUUACCCCAAAGUACAAAGGGCCAGGGAACCACAACAGUGGAGAGGACAUGCUGCGGACCUACCUGUGGAGGUGCCAGUUCCUGCUGCCAAUAAUCUCCUUAGGUCUGGUGGUGCUGGCAGGCUUGAUAGGGUUCUGUGCCUGCCUCUGCCACAGUCUCACCCCCACCCUGGGCAUAGGAAUGCUCCACCUACUGGCUGGGCUGUGUACUCUAGCCACAGUGUGCUGUUACCUGGCAGGGAUGGAUCUCCUCCACAGGGUCUCUGUGCUGCCAGACAAGGUGGACGGCUCCCUGGGCUGGUCUCUCUACCUGGCCCUCAUCUCGUCCCCGCUGCACAUGAUGGCUGCCGCUCUUCUGGUGUGGGCGGCACGGAGCCACAGUCAGAACUACUACCGCAUGACUGCCUACAGGGUAGCAUAGAGACCAGAUGCCUGACUAUCUGUUUUAUAUAGGCACAUUUCCAAAUCAAAACCGUAACUCCAACCACAUGAUACUUGUUGAUCUUGAAAUAACUGAAUAAGAAUAUAGAAAAUGCUAAUCUUUGCCCUCUGAUAGGCUACUGGGAUGUUCACCCUAUUGCUUUCACACAGUUGCUUAUCCAAUCAUUUCAGAUCUAUAAAAGUGCCUAGUGUAGGGGUGAGGAGUUGACAUUGGGAAACAGAGUGACCCAGAACAAAAUGUACCAUUGGUUAGACCAACAAGCAUAUAAUAGACUUUCCAAACCGUAACCAGCCACAGUCAGAGCUGCUUUCAGUCGACUCUCAAAUGCACUAGCAAGAAAUAUUAUUGGCCCAUGUUUGGAAAAUCAAACCGUUCUGUAAGAAAUAUGUUUAUGGCGAUUGAAGUUUAGUCCAAACAUUUGAGUACAGUACCAGUCAAAAGUUUGGUCACACCGACUCAUUCCAAGGUUUUCUUAUUCUACAUUGUAGAAAAAUAGUGAAGCCAUCAAAACUAUGAAAUAACACAUAUGGAAUCAUGUAGUAACCAAAAAAGUGUUAAACAAAUCAAAAUAUAUUUUCUAUUUUAGAUUCUUCAAAGUAUCCACCCUUUGCCUUGAUGAUACCGUUGCGCACUCUUGGCAUUCUCUCAACCAGCUUCACCUGGAAUGCUUUUUAAACAGUCUUGAAGGAGUUCCCACAUAUGCUGAGCACUUGUUGGCUGCUCCUCCUUCACUCUACGGUCCAACUCAUCCCAAACCAUGUCAAUUGGGUUGAGGUCAGGUGAUUGUGGAGGCCAGGUCAUCUGAUGCAGCACUCCAUCACUCUCCUUCUUGGUCAAAUAGCCCUUACACAGCCUGGAGGUGUGUUUUGGGUCAUUAUACGGUUGAAAAACGAAUUCUAGUCCUACUAAGCGCAAACCAGAUGGGAUGGCGUGUCACUCCAUAAUGCUGUGCUUGCCAUGCUGGUUAAGUGUGCCUUGAAUUCAAAAUUAAUCACAGACAGUGUCACCAGCAAAGCCCCACCACACCUCCUCCUCCAUGCUUCACGGUGGGAACCACACCUCCUCCAUGCUUCACGGUGGGAACCACACCUCCUCCUCCAUGCUUCACGGUGGGAACAACUCCUCCUCCAUGCUUCACGGUGGGAACAACACCUCCUCCUCCAUGCUUCACGGUGGGAACCACACAUGCAGAGAUCAUCUGUUGACCUACUCUGCGUCUCACAAAGACAUGGCGCUUGGAACCAAAAACAUUUGGACUCAUCAGACCAAAGGACAGAUUUCCACCGGUCUAAUGUCCAUUGCUCGUGUUUCUUGGCCCAAGCAAGUCUCUUCUUCUUAUUGGUGUCCUUUAGUAGUGGUUUCUUUGCAGCAAUUCAACCAUGAAGGUUUCACAUGGUCUCUGAACAGUUGAUGUGUAGAUGUAUCUGUUACUUGAACUCUGUAAAGCAUUUAUUUGGGCUGCAAUUUCUGAGGCUGGUAACUAACUUAUCCUCUGUAGCAGAGGUAAUUCUGGGUCAUCCAUUCCUGUGGUGGAACUCAUGAGAGCCAGGUUCAUCAUAGUGCUUGAUGGUUUUUGCGACUGCACUUAAAGAAACGUUCAAAUUUCUUGACAUUUUACCGGAUUGACUGACCUUCAUGUCUUAAAGUAAUGAUGGACUGUCCUUUCUCUUUGCUUAUUUGAACUGUUCUUUCCAUAAUAUGGACUUGGUCUUUUACCACAUAGGGCUAUCUUCUGUAUACCACCCCUACCUUGUCACAACACAACUGAUUGGCUCAAACGCAUUAAGGAAAGAAAUUCCUCAAAUAAACUUUUAAGGCACACCUGUUAAUUGAAAUGCAUUCCAGGUGACUACCUCAUGAAGCUGGUUGAGAGAAUGCCAAGAGUGUGCAAAGCUGUCAUCCAAGGCAAAGGGUGGCUGCUUUGAAGAAUAUCAAAUAUAUUUGUAUUUGUUCAACACUUUUUUGGUUACUACAUGAUUCCAUAUGUGUUAUUUCAUAGUUUUGAUGUCUUCACUAUCAUUCUACAAUGUAGAAAAUAGUAAAAAAUAAAGAAAAACCCUUGAAUGAGUAGGUGUGUCCAAAGUUUUGACUGGUACUGUAUUUCAAAAUGUAUUUCGACCUUAGAAGAACCUGGACAGCGCCAGGACAAAUCGGAAAAAAUAAGCAACAAACAUUUCCUUUUGAGUGACAAUCUAUAGAACGUUUCAUAUUGUUUGUUUUGGUUGGAUAUUUUGUAUGUAAUUUGUUGAUUUUAAGAGAAUUUUUUUUGUGUCUUUUAUCAGGAGUAUUAUUUUGAUUGAUUUGUAAGAUUCUGCAGAACUUCUUAGGAAUGUAUUACCCCUACAUUACAGCUAGGUUCAUAGUGGCCAAUGUCACUUUGUUACGAAGGUUCUGUUUUGUACACGUGACGUUACAUUCCGUUGUAGACUAUUGCUCACUAUUGACUAGAUGUGGUUCAUUUGAUUUGUUUCAUUUACAUAGUGUUACUUUUUGUUAUUUAUGUCUUUUUGGUUUACUUAAUUUAUUCAUUUUUACAAUCACCUACAAAUGCCACUGCUAUGGCACAGUCUUGUAUUAAUAAUCUCAAAGAAAUACAAAGAUUAAACUGUGAACUGUUAAUACUAAUUUAUUAUGUCAAGAAUGUAUUUAAUGUGGUCGUGUGAAAAACGUUAAUGAUCCUUUUUUUUGAAUCCAAGUUAUUUUUUGGAUCAUAUUUUUUAAAUGCUUUGCAAUGAAUACAUUAUUCUUAGGUCUGGGUAUUUAAUCUGAUUUUAGUCUACAAUGUACAAUUUAACUGUUCGCAAGUGAAGAUUAAUGUCUGACAAAUAACUUGAUCAACCCUUGACCGUCAAGAAGAAUAGAGUACUUUGGAAACAUGUUAAUCUAAAUUGUGUGUCCAUAAGGUCUAUAAACAUGAUAUGACAGCAGUCAAUGUUUCAUGAAAACAUAUGCGUUAUGAAAGGUAAGAUUUUAUGAAAGAAUGUGGACUUAAAAAAGUAGCUGAUGAGUCGAGCUUUUUUCAAAAUGAUGUCCAUUCUUCUUUUUUUUCAAUAUUUAAAAGAAAUGGUUCUAACCAUAUUUUCUGCCUGGCAAAUGUAGUUCAUAUAGCAAAUGAUAUGGUAUGUAUGUGCUUCGGUAAAUCUAUUGUGAAUGUAUUUUAUUAUUCUCCCAAGAGAUAUCCUGGAGUAGCGAGCAAGUUUGGAAAAUGUUGAAUUGUGACCUGAUGAUGUCAUACUAGGUUUGUGUGUAUUGAAGCGUUUAUCAGCAAAUGCUGUCAUUUUAAAUAAAGGAUUUUAUUAUACA